GUGACCAUACUACUGUAUACUUCAUCUUAUUUGCACGAAGGAUAUGCGAGUACAGCUGCACACCCACAGCAUGUCUAUCGUGGCGCUUACCAAGCGUCUUCCUUCAAGAGCAUUCCUUCUUCAAGUGCAUGUGUCUGACGUGCCGCUCAUGUGUCAAGAUACACAAUCCGCGUGUCACGCCUCGUCAACCGAAGAGACAAGAAAUUAGCACAGACAACACUGUCCAUCGUUCUUGCUCUCAUGUCAAACGCACCAAAUUAGACAUACAACAGGUAGUAACCACUCCCUAUUCCGAACUUGCUAUACAAUCACAGGAUCCGCCUCUAUACCUCGUCAGAUACCACAUCAUCUCAACAACCAUUUGCGGGUAAGCAAAAGCUUCGGAGUCGUUUGUAACAGGUCGAGCGCAGCCGUCGCCUUCGUUUCUAGCGUCCUAUCUUGCGAGGUUAAGGUCUUGUAAUCAUGUGCACGAGAGAAACCUACUGCGGGUCGAAACCCGAAGGAAGAACGAUGUCACUACUGUUUACCGUUGAACCGUCGAGUGGUGCACUAGCAAAACUCCUUCAACUCGUGGAACCUUACUCGAGCUCUCUACUCCACGUGGAAUCGCGCACGGCCGAGAAAGCCGACGGCUCCCUCGACGUCUGCCUGCGGUGUACGCCGAAAGAUGAGAGCAACUGGAGCAACGGUUUGCAGCACCAACUGCAGGGAAACGGUGCGAUUAACGUGCGAAUCUUGCCUGAGGAGUCGAGCGACACCUCGACUAACACAGUGCCGUGGUUUCCUCGCCGAGCGUCGGAUCUCGAUCUGAUGAUGUCGGAAAUCUACGACUUCACGACGGACCCUGACGCGGCCAAGCUGCCGGAAUUCCAAGAUGAUGCAUAUCAGAAAAGACGAAAGUUUAUCAGCGAACAAGCUUCGAAGUACAGGCAUGGCCAGCCCAUCAUACCGAUUGAUUACAAUGAAGAAGAGACCCAAACAUGGAGAACGGUCUUCCGAGAGGUGACUAAGUUAUACCCAACUCACGCCUGCAGACAGCACAACAAAGCCUUCAAUCUCAUGAAGUCAUCCUGCGGCUACUCAGAGGACAAAAUACCCGACUUGGAAGGGGCCUCCAAGUUCUUGCAAGAGCGCACAGGUUUCAGGCUCAGGCCAGUAGCGGGGCAACUAACACCGAGGGAUUUCCUGUCGACGCUGGCGUUUAGAGUCUUCUGCUGCACGCAGUACAUCCGCCAUUCGUCGAAUCCGCUCUACACGCCAGAGCCCGAUGUUUGUCACGAGAUAUUGGGUCAUGUCCCGAUGCUUUCCGACCCUGCAUUUGCUGAAUUCACGCAGGAAAUAGGGCUUGCUUGCUUGGGAGCACCGGACGAGUUCAUCGAAAAGCUUUCUACGCUCUAUUGGUUUACAAUCGAAUUUGGAAUCUGCAAAGAAGCUGGCGAAAUGAAAGCCUACGGUGCAGGAUUGCUGUCCUCGUUCGGAGAGAUGAAGCAUGCUAUUGAGAGCAGCGAAGUUCAACGAUUUCCGUUUCAUCCACCCACAAUUACGGAACAAAAAUACUCACUGGUCGGGUACCAAAACACUUAUUUUUACCCAGAAAGUUUUGAAGACGCUGUAAAGAGAGUAAGGCAGUAUGUGGCUUCUAUACCCAAACCGUUUCAUUGCCGCUAUAAUCCGUAUACGGAGGGAUUGGAGGUGAUGUCUAACCGUGAGGGAGUGACGCGGUCACUGUGUGAAAUUGAAACGGAGCUAGAGCGUUUGAAGAAACUGGUGGGAAAGCUAGAGGUGCAAUGACGGUCUGUUGUAGCACUUGAGGGACACUCCGCGUGCAAAUUUAUCACGGUCUUGUGAUGACAACUUUGGCGUCAGUCGACGUUUGUUUCACAUUAGCUAUUUAUUUUAUGCUCAAUGGAAUUGUCAACGGAGGAUAAUCAGGAUUUACGUCACAAAUAGAUGAAAUAGUACAAAAAGUAAUAAAUGUGACGUCAGACUUCCA